AUAGGUACAAAAUUGGAUCGCCCAACCCACAACAUAUUAUUUUACAUAUUUUGUUUGUUAUUGUAGUCAUAUAUGUAUUAUCUAUGGCCUGUUCUCUUCUUCCAAGAAACUUAAAUAUUGUGCGCGGACAGAUUUGUGACAGUGCGAUCAUUCGCUCGAUCGAUUUGUUAUUGUUUAAACCCAAAAAAAGCGUAAACGGGCUUUCAAUAAAAUUAAUCAAGCAAAAAUUUUUAAUACUCGUCUUCAAGGUGAAUAAAGAAUCAAAUACUCAUGCAGAUGUCAUUUGGGAUCAAGCCGACUCAAGUCAAUGCUUCAGAGCAAUCAAAUGAUUCUGGAGUAAUUUUAGAUGGUCAAAAUUCAGGAAUGGAUUUAAAUACCAACGGUCAAGACAGAUCAAUGACAUCAUCACCUAACACCGAAAGACCAACUCAGGCUCCUGAGACAACAAAUAAUGAGAGUUUUAAUUCAUUUAAUAACAAUGAAACAUGUGGAAAUGCUUUGUGGUCCAGGCCUGCUACUAAAACCACAAAUGCUCAUCCUUUUGGGAUGGCCUCAUCUGCAUCUGCUGGAGAUACAGCAGAUACUUCAGUGACGUCAUCAGCAGCUUUUGGCACUUUAACAACAACUCCGGCUGCUGAUACAACUAAUAAUCAGACUUCUGAAGCAAGUAAUAAUCAAACUUUUGGUGCAAACAAUAAUCAGAAGUUUGGAGUAAGUAACAAUCCUGCUUUUGGAGUAGCAUUUGGUGCCACUUCUGUUCCAAAUACUACAAGUACUCAAGCUGUUGGAGUAGCAUUUGGUUCCACUUCUGUUCCAAAUAUUACAAGUACUCAAGCUUUUGGAGUAACAUUUGGUUCCACUUCUGUUCCAAAUACUACAAGUACUCAAGCUUUUGGAGUAGCAUUUGGUUCCACUUCUGUUCCAAAUACUACAAGUACUCAAGCUUUUGGAGUAGCAAAUCAGAGUUUUGGAGUAGCAAAUCAGAAUAUUGGAGCAUCUAACAACAAUACCGCUUUUGGUGGUGGAUUUGGUUCCAUGUCUGCUCCAAAUACAACAAAUGCUUCAACAUUUGGAACCACUAAGAAUCAGACUUUAGGAGCAUCAAAUAACAAUAAUUUCGGAGCAACUAAUAACAACAGCACUAUUGGAGGUGCAUUUGGUUCCAUGUCUGCUCCAAAUGCAACAAAUAUUCCGUUUGGGGUCACUUCAUCUGGACCAGCAGCUUUUGGAGGCAUGAUUGGUUCUCUUUCUGCCCCAAAUGCAACAAAUACACAACCUUUUGGAGGAGCAAAUCAGAACUUUGGAGCAACUAAUAACAGUAAUGCUUCCGGAGGUGCAUUUGGGUCCAUGUCUGCUCCAAAUGCAACAAAUACUUCAUUUUGGAGUGCUUCUUCUGGAACCGCAGGUAACCCAGGUGCAUUUGGUUCCGUUUCUGCUCCAAAUGCAACAAAUGCUAAUAGUCAGCCGUUUGGAGCAGCUAAUAAUCAAACUUUUGGGGGUGCUUCAUCUGCAGCACCAAGUAUGGCAGGUGUGCAAUUUGGUAGUGAUACAAGAAACCGUGGGAAUCCAUUUGGAGCACCCAAUUUCACGCAGUGUUUCCAAAGAUACUUCACUCCAAAUAAUAUCGGGAAUAACACAAAUGAUGUAGGUAAGCUGGGUACUACAAAUAUAGACAUUGAUGAACCGAUCGUCAUAACAGGUUACAAUGAACAACUAGGAUUCAAUUCAAACACGGGGUUUAACUCUACACUACCCCGUGGGUUGUACGGUUCACCAAUGAACAAUGCCAGUGGUACCGGUAAAUUGAGUUCAACAAACAUAACAGUUAAUCAACCUAUCACAAUAACAGAACAAAAAGGCGUCAUGUUUGGUAUCCAACCGACUAUGUCGCAGCCAGUACAGGGACUUUAUGGCCAACCUAUUAUUACUACAAGUGCAGGUACGCUGUCAACAACAAAUAUAAUCGUCAAAAAACCAAUAACUAUAUCAGGAACCCCGAAUACAUUUAAAUUUGGCAUUAACCCAACACAGGCGACUAAUUUCGGAUACUUUAAUACCCCUAUUACAACAAAUGCAUUGGAAAAGCUGUGUACUACUAAUAUUAAGGUCAAUAAACCGAUUUCCAUAACAGGUAAUUUUGGACGCAAUACCUCUUGUAUGCACAAUUGUAAUUGCCGACCACAUUAAUUUAUACAUAUGUUUUAAAGUAUUUUAACGAGCGAUGAAAUAAUCCAAAACUACAUCACACCAAGAAAAUAAAAUGUUACCAGAUUGUAACAUUUUACAAACCGUGCAAAGAAAGCCGAGGACAAAGCAGAGAAUUACAUAUGUUAUUGUUUUCAUUAAGUAUACUGUGAAUACUUUAUUUAUAUCAUUUAAAUUGAUGGCAUUUAUACUCUCAGUUACCAUUUGUGAUAACAAUUUAGAAAUAGGAAUAAAUGUUCACUCACACAACAUGACGAGAAGUUUUUGUAUGUGUGCGUGUUAGGUGAUAAAGUUAUCGAAAGUAAACUUAAUAUUACAACAUUUAUUUUGGAAAACUACUACUAAGGUAUUUCAUGUAUAUCUACUAUUUGAUGUCUAUUAUCAGGUUACUCAAUCAAAAUAAAUUGAUAUUUUUCAAUGUUGUAACACUUUACAUCUAAUCGUCAACCUAAGGGUUAUUAGCACUGCGGAUUUUGAUCACCAGCGCUAAUAUUAGUUGUUUAAAUUACAAUUAAAUGUAUUAUAUCUGUGGACUAAAUGUUUUAUUGUCUAAUAAAGUGGAUAGGAUUUCGAUAAAUUAAUUAUCACCAUAAUUGUAUAUUUUAAAUCAAUUGAUAUGUUGUGUAACU